UUCUCCUCUGCCAUACGCGGAAGACAGUUGGUGGCAAGUGUAGAGAGGACAGAGAGUAGAAUACGUGCUUUGGUAUUGUGGGGCUCUCAUACCUGUCGUGGACUGCGCUGGUGAGCAGCACAAGACCACGGUUGGACGAGGCUGGACGGGCUGUGGCCGCAAGGUGUAGAUUCUGCGACCUUUUUCCGAACCCGGAUGCGGGGCCUGCCGAGGACGCUAAACGCGUCGCCGACGCGGACACCCGCUGCGGGUUGGUUUGCAGCUAGCGUGAGAAGUGGGGCAGGGCUUGGAGCGAGUGCUGGGUCUGUGCGACGCGCGCUGGCGCAGCGUGCUCUGCGUGGGCCGCGGGGCCGGGGCGGUCUCGCGGCGCAAGUGUCUGCAGCAACGGCAUACACCGGUGCGUACGCGUGCUACGCCCGCGGCCUUCAUGUCUUUCCGUCGAUUGCCGAGGCGCGAUCGGGCGACUUUGGCUCGUCGCAGGUGGCGGCUCCGCUGGUGCCGCCGACGGCAGUCAAGUUCGCUGGGCGCGGGGCAUCGAGUUCGCUGCUGGCGGUUGCCGACGAGGACGGGACGGUGACGGUGCUCGACACUGCCGGGCGCAAUGAGGCCACGACGCAGCGCGAGUGGUGGAUCGCGCAUAACAACGCCAUCUUUGAUCUGGCGUGGGCGGCCGACGCACGCACAAUUGUGACUGCGUCGGGCGACCAGAACUGCAAGCUUUGGGAUACCGAGACCGGGCUGUGCAAAAAGGUGCUUGCCGGCCAUCGCGGCUCGGUCAAGUCUGUGACAUUUGCACCCGGCUCACCGUCGCUGCUGGCAUCGUCAGCGCGCGACGGGGCCAUCAUGCUGUGGGACGCGCGGGCGGCUGAGGCCGGGCCGGUUGUUGCUGUGCCGAACGCGCACGUACUCAUGCGGUAUCAACGCGCGCGGCGGAUGCGCAAGCUGGAGGCGAACCAGUCGGUGACGGCGGUCCGGUUUGCAGCCGACGACGUGACGCUGUUCUCGGCCGGCGCCAUUGACGGUCUCAUGAAGAUCUGGGACGUGCGCGCGCUGCGAAGCGCGCGGAAGCCGACCGGGGCGGCGGUAGCGGCGCUGCUACCUUCGCCGUUUGGUGCGCCGUCGCUGGUCGACGGCGGCCCGGGGAGCGCGGCAAGCUCGCGGUAUGGGCUGGUGGCGCUCGACAUGUCGCCGGAUGGAGCGUCAGUGCUGGUCUCGCAGGCAACGACCUCGUCGAUCUACGUGUACUCGAUGGCGGACAUGCUUGCCGAGCCUGCGACGGCGCAACCGCGACUCCUGCUCGGCCAUCGGACGCGGUCGUUCUACGUCAAGAGCGCGUUCAUGCCGUCAGGCGAGUUUGUGGUCUCAGGCUCGUCAGACGGCGGCGUGUACCUGUGGAACUACAACGCCCCGGCAGCGAAAGUCGGACCGGGCUCCUCGUCGGCACUGCUUCCGUUCAUGGUCCUCCGCGGCCACGAUACCGAGUCGACCGCGGUGGAUGGGUGUGCAGCCGAUCCGUUCAAGCUCGCGUCGGGCUCAGAUGACAACACGGUGCGCGUGUGGGACCUUGCACCGUCGCCCGAGCAUGCGGCGGCGGAUGCGCCACUCCCCGAGUGGGUGAGUCUGUAUUCGACGUCCGGCUUUGACGACGCAGCUGCGUGCACCUUGCCGCCCAUGCUUGCCGAAGCCGCGUCCGAGCUCCCGCCGGCGUCGCCGACCUUUUCGCCAUUGGCUGCGCGGCGGGUGCCGUCACCGCGGCUGGCGCGGCUCUCGCCGACCAUGGCGCGCGACGGUCAGUCGUCUCCGCUCUUCUCGCCGCUCUUUUCGCCGACCGCCGGCUUGGUCCGCAGCAACCCGACCGGCGGGGACGUUGGCGGCGGAGGCCAGGCGUCGAUCACGCAGUUCUUCAACUGCGAACCGCCUCCUCCGGCGGCGGCGCCGGCAGGCCCAGCCGGGCUCGUCACCUCUUACUUUCGUCCGCUGAAGGGCGGAGAGCCGAUGGACAGCGCUGCUGCUGCCACCUCGGAGGCGAGCCCGCUCGAGAUCUCGGCCGUGGCGCUCUCGACCAAGCCGACGCCCAUCAAGCGCCCACUCUCGUCGCUGGAGCGGUUCUUCAUCCACGACCAGACUGACGACAACGUGCCGCCCCCGAGCUCGGCGGCUGCGACGGCAGCCUCGCCGACCCCCAUGGAUAUCGGUACCAAGACUGCCGGCCUGUCCAGCUCGCUGGAGAGCACGCGCGAGCUGCGGCUCUCGUCACCGCUGGAGCUGGAAAGCGCGCUCAGCUCGUCGAUUGCCUCGCUCUAUCCACCAGCCAGGCAGCACGACUCGGUAUCGCCGCUUGUCAAGCGUAGACGGGCAUCGCUCCUCCGGUCCUCGGCCGCCCGAUCGGCCUCGCCGUCGUCUGCCCGGCGCUCGCCGCGGGUCGCGCUCGUCUUUUCGCCUCUUGACAUGGACACUGACGACGAGUGAGUGAGAAUGUGCGUGGUGAUAAACCCGGUCGCG